ACAUGCACGCGCUCGCCUUGGAAACAAAACGUCUGACCGGAUACCAUUCUAGUACCUUAGCUUAUCAGGUACCGCUUGUCGCACCUUUACCUAGUUCUAGUACCUUACCGACAAGGUACUAAUUUCCGUCGACUAAUCAGGCACCACUAGCGAUAUAUAUAUAUAUAUAUAUAUAUAUAUAUGUACGCUUUUCUGGGCGGGACCCUAAACGCAGCAGCCCUCCCCUGUUUGUCGUGCACGCGCUCGGCUUGUAAACACAAGCUCACACGUGACGGUGCUGAGCCGAUACAUCGUCGUCGUCGUCGCGGACAACAACAAAAAGAAAAAGAAGGAGAAAAAACAAAAAGAUUCGGAGGAAGCCAGCGGGCCGAGCGGUGUCAUGACAGCCGACUGGAUGCGCCUUGUUCGGACCUGCCUUCGUCCCGGGCCGCCGCUAGCUCGCGUGUCCGGCGGACCGAGCCGAGAGCCUUUGUUUCGGCCGAUUGUUUCGUGCUAAUCGGCUCGCUACAGUGUUUCUAAUUGCACUUCUCCAGCUAGUUAGCAUUAGCACUUAGCUUCGACAGCCUCCUACUGCUCCCCAUCGCGGUGACCCCGGCUUCGCCAUGGAGGACAACUUGGAGUCCGGCUGGGUGUCCGUCCGGCCCAAAGCGUUCGACGAGAAGGAGCGGCACAAAUUCGCUUUCAUCGUGGCCUGGAACGACAUCGAGGGAAGGUUGGCCAUAACCUGUCACAACCGGACCGUGCAGAAGCGGACCACCUACCUCGACCCGCUCCUCGACUGGAGCCCGGUCGCCGACGACGGGCAGCCCGGCGUGGCGUCAAAGCAAGACGGCGGUCGCCUGGCGAAAGUUCCGCCGAAGGGAAAAGUUGAGAGUUGGGAUUUAGUGUCGUCCAAGGUGGCCGACGCGGAGCCCGCGGAGCCCGCGGAGGCGCCGCUCUCCCCGGCGGGGGACACGGAGCCAGGCGGCCGCCAGGACUUCAGCUGGGCCGGCCUCUUCUCGUUCCACGAGCUUCGGGCGGCUCACCUCCAGCUGUGCGCCGUCAACGCCGAGCUGGAGCCCUGCCUGCCGGCCUUCCCGGAAGAGCCGUCCGGCGUGUGGUCGUUGCUCUUCGGCGCCUCGGCCGCGCCGUCGGAGCGCGAGACGGAGGCGCUGUGCUACCAGCUGCAGGUGUACCUGGGCCACGCGCUGGACACCUGCGGCUGGAAAAUCUUCUCGCGGGUGCUGUUCACCGACAGCGACGACACCGACGAGUACUACGAGAGUCUGAGCGAGCUGCGGAGGAAAGGCUACGACGACGGCCUGGACAGAGCCAAGAGGCGCCUGCAGGAGGUGCUGGACAAGCACCGGGGCCUGGACAGCAUGGUGGAGCUGCUGCAGGUCUACGGCGAGGAGGACGAGGCGUACGGCCAGAUGCUGGAGGCCGCCACGCAGCUCUACCACUACCUGCUGCAGCCUUUCAGGGACAUGAGGGAGCUGGCUAUGCUCAGACGCCAGCAGAUUAAGAUCGCGUUGGAGACGGAGCGCCUGGGCCCUCGCCGUGUGGACGGCCUGAGGAGGGAGGACGAGGAGAGGCAGAAGAAAGCGCAUGCCGCCGUCCUCGCCAUCCAGGACCUGACCGUCAAGUUUUUCGAAACCACCAACCGGGCGCAGAAAGCACUGUACGAGCGUAUGCGCGCCGACCAGAGGCGACUGGGCAAGUCGGCGUGGGCAGCGGCAGUGGAGCGCAUGGAGCGGCUGCAAUACUCCGUCUCCAAAGAAACGCUGCAGCUGAUGCGGGCCAAGGAAAUCUCCCUCGAGCAGAGGAAGCACGGCCUUAAGGAGGAGAUGCGAAGCCUGCAGGGUGGCGAGGACGCCAUGCUGCACCUGGACCAGCUGGAGGCGCUGUACUAUGAACUUCAGCUGCAGCUGUACGACAUCCAGGCCGAGGUGUUGCGCUGCGAAGAGCUGCUGCUCACCGCGCAACUGCAGAGUCUACGCAGACAGAUCACAGAGAGGCAGGAUGAGGUGGUGUACUACGAUGCCUUCGAGAGCCCCGACGCCAUGAAGGGGGCGGAGGACCCGGCCGGCCCCCCGCCUCUGCCGCCACUACGGGACGAGGAAGAACUGGGCGUCCUGCGGCAGAGGACUCGGCAGCUGGAAGCCCGCAGGGGACGCAUCAACACCAAGAAAGUCUACCUCAAAAACAAGAAGGAAAUUUGUGUCUCCAAUCACAAGCAGAAGAUUGCAGAGCGUCAGGGCGUCCUCACCUCAUCCCUGCAGGUGCGGGAAACAGAGGAAGAGGAAGCAGAGCGAAAUGCACGAGUGAGCCUGGAGAGGCAAAGAACUCUGGACCGACUUCGCAGCCUCAAUCAGCGUUAUCCGGGUCACGUGACCCUGAAGUCCAGUCGUCUCAGGCUGGUUCAGACGCGGCGGCGAACGGGUCAGCCUCCCUGCACACAGGCGGCCGGCGUCCAGACCGACUACGUCAUCUCGGACAUGCCGAAACUCUCAGUGCCUCCUCCGGGAGAUGCCUACGAGUCCUUACCCGCCACCCAGCUGCACAACCUGGACUCGUCUUCGCCGUUCCUCUCCCUGCCGACGUCCGUUCUCACCCUGGAAGGAGCCCCUCCACCGCCGCCACCUCCUCUCCCCCCUCCUCCACCGCCCGUAUCCGUUGAGCCACGCCUGGAGUUGCCGCGCGAGUCGGUGCCCGCCUCGCUCCCCCUGGCUCCGUUCUCGCCACGCUUCUUCGACAGCAGCCAGCUGUUGACGGCCAGGAAGAAGCUGAGGAAGACGUCGGCUGAGGACGCCACCCAGUGGAGGAGAGCGAGUUCCCCGAUGGACGAGGUCCUGGCGUCCCUGAAGCGCGGCAGCUUCCACCUGCGCAAAGCCGAACUGCGCGUUCUGGGCCCCGACCCGGACGACGACGGCGAGAAUAUCCUGGCGCAGAUUCGGCAGGGCGUGCGUCUCCGGCAGGUGCGCGCCCCGCCCGAGCGCCCGGGCCGCACCGACCGCUUCGCACACUCGGCCGACGCCCUGACGCGCAGCAUCCACGAGGCCCUGCGCAGGAUCAAGGAGGCGUCACCCGAGUCAGAGUCAGAGGACGAGGGCCUGCCCUGCGCCGACUGGGAGAACUAAAACGCUGUGCCAGCCGUGCGGCAUUUUUAGUGCAAUUUGAACAAAAACUAACUUUUUUUUGUAUUCCAAGUGGGUUUUGUACAAGUGGACCACUACACGCAUUUGCCACUUGUGUACUUUGAUGUUUACCAUCCUGUACCAUUGUACUGUUCCUCUAAAGAGGUCCACAUGGAAAUGCACAUCACACAUGUAGGGCCUGACCGAUUAAUAAUACAAUAUUAGCCCUUUUUUAACAGCCAACGUCCCACUCCCACAUUACAGCAAGACAAAGAGUCAUGAAGUAUUUGAAAAAAUAAGAUCAGCCAAAAAAAGUCCUAUUUGUCCUCUCUUUUGUAAAGUUAAAUACUAAAGGACAAAGUAUUGUAAAAGUCAAAUGUUGUGCCUGUAAUUCAUAUCUUUAUUGUUGUACGCGUUAAAGGACGCUGCAAAAAGAACUUUUAUUCCUUAUAUAUUUUUAUAAUUAAUCGGUUAUCGGAAUGUUAAUUCUGCCAAAUACCGGAAUCGGCCUAAAAAUAUAUAUAUUGGCAUCGGUUGGGCCCUACUCCUAAGUAUUCCCAGGUUUUUGUUUGUUUGUUCUUUAAAUGUUUUUUUUUAUUCCACCAUCUUAUACUAGCAAAUUCCAAAUGUUUAUUUCUGAUUCUAGCUUUUGUCUUGUGUGAGCUAAAUGGCAACUGGGAGUGCAGUGUUCAGAGAGGCAGAGCGCGCUCCAUUUGCUCUGAAUUUACCAACGAGCACGUUGGCAAUUGGCAGGGAUAUGCCAGUGUCUAAGUUCUGCCUGUGAACAUCUCGUCCUGCCAGACGCUCCGGCCGCUCUGUCUGUCUCCGGCACUCUCAGUGUGAGACGCUCUGAAUAACCAUACGGCACACUCCAACAACACUCGGUGUUUCCGAAUGUUCCGGAGUGUAGAGAGCGCGUUUGGAGUGAUUUUCCGGACGUAUCCUAUGUGUGAGUCUUGGGACUCAGUUACCUGCCAUUUUUAAAGGAACAAUAAAGUUCUGGAGUUGUUUUCUUGGCCAUUGCAAGGCAAACAAUACAUGAGAUUGGAAGCUCUGUGAUUUGUGGGGCCAUUAAAAGUAACAAAUAUGUGACUUUGGAGCUCAGUUAUCAGCCAUUUUCAAUGUUUUGCAAGUUCUGGAGGUAUAUUUCAUUGGGCGUUUUAAAGCAACAAUACGUGAGUUCUAGAGGUCAGUUUGGCAGCCAUUUAAAGCAACUAUUCAAGUUCUGGGACUUGCCAUUUUAAAGCAAUGGUUCUGGAGCUCAUUUUAAUCAGCUCUUUUAAAACAAGGAUACACAAGUUUUGGCGCUCAGUUUUAUCGUCUGUUUAAAGUCAGGACACAAAAUUGCUGGAGUUGAGUUUUAUCAGCCAUUUAAAGCAAGAAUAUGCAAGAUCUGCAGCUCAUUUUAAUCAGCCUUUUCAAAAAAAGUUUCGGAGCUCAUAUAUUAUUAUAUUGCAAUUAUAUUAUCGCAACAAUAUGCAGGUUUUGAGGCUAAUUUGAUCAGCCAUCUUAAAAAAAAAAAAAAAAAAAAACAAUCGCAAGUUCGGUUGUUGAGUUUUAUUGUACGUUUAAAGCAACAUUAUGUGGAGUCGUGGAGCUCAGUUUAACACGGCUGCUCCCCAACACACUGCCUUUACGCCGAUUCCGAUGUUUUGUUUCCAUAGAUAUUUCUAACCCACACUAUUUUUCCAGGUGUUUUUCUUUUUUAUAUAUUUUACACGUGUUGUGUGUGUGAUUUGACUGUUUUUCAACAUCCAUCCCAUCGUGUCUGAAAUGUGUCAAAUGUACCAUUUCCAACCGUGGAGCGACACGCUAGCUAGCAUCCACAGGAAUAGUUAGCAGAAGGUUAGCAUCACAGCGCUAACAACAGACAUGUUGAAUCCAGACGGAGAAAGUAAAGGCUUCUUUAUACUUGCGCUGACAUCACUGCGGCUAUCCCGCAGUUUGACUAAAACGGACCAAUCAUGAGAGAUGAUCUCCGUAGAAAUUCUACGCGCAGCAACAGUUUGUGCCGUGUGGGCGUCUAGCUACACAGAAGGGCCGCACAGGCCAAUUCGUUGGUCACGUGAUUCAAUGCGGGCGUUGUCGACCGCGGGAGUAUAAAGAGGCCUUAAGACUUCUUCCCGACUAUUUGUUUUCCCUGAGAGAUACUAGCGUGCCGCUACGCUUUUUUAUUUUUAAUAGUGAUAGUCUGCUUUUGUGAUGACUUUUAUUUUGAAGUUUGACAGAGUUUGUACUCGGACCUCACAGCAGACGUGCAAUAAUAAUGAUUAUGAUGAAAAUAAGCCACGUGUCAACGUACACGUCCCGAAAAUAUAUAUCUGCAUGUCUCCGUGUAUUCAAAUAUUUAUUGAUGGUUCAGAUUUUAAAAAGAUUUGUGUUUUUUUUUUUAUGUUCUCCUGACAUUCUUCCUUUUUGCUUUUCUUUGAAAA